UGGGAAAUGUAGUCCCGUCCGCGGGCGGCUGCCGGCGCGCGCUGCUCGCUGGGAUUUGUAGGCCGAGGCGCCUGACUGGGAAGGGCGGCUUGUAGCUGGAGCUGCUCGUUCCUGAGCUCCGCCUUUCGGCCGGGUCUGGGAAACUUGAGAGGCGCGCCGGCUGGCUGGUUUCGCUCGCAGCCGGUUCUGCUCAGCCCCCGUCGCCUCCCGGUGCGAGGCGGAGGCCUUCGUGGAGCAGCAGCGCCGGUUGACUCGCCAGUCGGGUAAGUUUCUUGGCUUCAGGGGCAACCUGCUUCUGGGAAUACUCUCCUUGCCCAGCCAGUGACCUCGUGGCUCUCCAACCUCCCCCCACAACCACGGCGGAGUCGGUCAAGCCCACCCUCUGCAGAGUUGUCAUCUACUUGCAGAAGGAGAUGUCCGGAGACACCUGCCUGGCAGCCGCCUGCCCCUCGCCAGGAGCCAAGCCCAAGGGCUGUGGCUUCAAAGGUGGCACCCUGGGCAACAAGUACGUGCGGCUCAAUGUCGGCGGGUCCCUCUACUACACCACGGUGCAGGUGCUGACGCGGCACGACACCAUGCUGAAGGCCAUGUUCAGUGGCAGGAUGGAGGUGCUUUCGGACAAAGAAGGCUGGAUCCUCAUCGAUCGCUGCGGGAAGCAUUUUGGGACAGUUUUAAGUUACCUCCGAGACAACACGGUUGCCCUCCCGAAGAACCGGCAGGAGGUCAAAGAGCUAAUGGCUGAAGCCAAAUAUUACCUCAUCCAGGGCUUGGUAGACCUCUGCCAGGCUGCCCUGCAGGACAAGAAAGAUUCGUACAAGCCCGUCUGCAACAUCCCGGUCAUCACAUCACCCAAAGAAGAGGAGAGGCUCAUCGAAUCUGCCAUGAAACCUGUGGUGAAGCUGCUGUAUAACAGGAGCAACAACAAGUAUUCCUACACAAGCACUUCCGAUGACAAUUUGUUGAAGAACAUAGAAUUGUUCGAUAAGCUCUCCCUCAGCUUCAACGGGAGAGUCCUCUUCAUCAAAGACGUGAUCGGGGAUGAGAUCUGUUGCUGGUCAUUCUACGGUCAGGGGAGGAAGCUGGCCGAAGUCUGUUGCACAUCCAUAGUUUAUGCUACGGAGAAGAAGCAAACCAAGGUCGAGUUCCCUGAGGCCCGCAUCUAUGAGGAGACCCUGAACGUCCUGCUGUACGAGACUCCCCGGGUUCCCGACAACUCCCUGCUCGAGGCGACCAGCCGAAGCCGCCCCCAGGCCUCCCAGAGCGAAGACGAUGAUGGCAGCUUUGAGCUGCGCGACCGCGUCCGGCGCAUCCACGUCAAGCGCUACAGCACGUACGACGACCGGCAGAUAGGCCACUAAGCCCACGCAGUGCGGGGGGGGGGGAGCUCGCAAGGGAUGAUGCCCUUUCCGCAAGGGUCCGGCUGGCUUCGAAGCAGGGGGGGCUGUCCUCUGCAUCUCCACUACUUCCAACCCUGCCUCCCCAAGAACGUUUCUGUGCUCGGAACGGUUCCUGCCCUGUGCCCAAGCCGGCGUUCCUUCAUCAUGCUGGAGCUCCGCUUGGCUUCUGAUUCCGGCAGAACAGAUCAAGGUGCUCCGAAGGCCUGCAAUCCACAAUGCCAGCUUCCAAAACCUUACCGGCUGAAAUUGUUCUUCUGAGACUUCUCUUCUAGAAGCUGCUGAACAACUUACUUCUGGCUCGAGAAGAAGCUGCGGUUUCCUUCCUUCCCCUUUGAGAGUGGUUUUUGCAGGGGGGGGGAACCAUCUUGGGCUGGGUGGUCUCAGACUCUGCUUGGAGAACCCUCUUUUUUUGUUUGUUAGGUUUUUAGAAUCUAGGUGCUCAGGAUGGUGAGCAAAAGCCGAACACUAGUUUUCCUUAUGUAGGGCAAACACUACACACAUCCGUUAC